CUCCAAAUCCAGGUGUGGAACAGACUUGAGACUGCAGUUUUUUUCCUAACCAGUGUUUUGUGAAGGGUGAGAAGUCUCAGUAGAGCAAUCGAAAAGAGGAAAGAUGGCCAAUAAUGAAGAUAAUACCCAAACACAGACUUUUCCUUUGAAUGGAGAUUACAAUCCAAGACCUGAAGAAGGUACAAGGAGAGAGAAGUGGCUUUCAUAUGUCCUGACUGCAUCUUUAAUCAUUAAUGUUGUUUUCAUCGUUAGUACAGUGGCAGCAUUGCUUCAGCAGUCAUCUUGUCCAGCAUCUUGUCCAGCAUCUUGUCCACCUGACUGGAUUGCACACCAUGAGAAAUGCUACCACAUUUCAAAGGAAGAAAAGGACUGGAACUCUAGUCAAAUAUUCUGCAACUCGCAUGGAGCCUCCCUGGUUAAUAUUGAAACUGAGGAAAAGGAUUUUUUGAUGCUCCUCAGAGGGAAAGAUAUUUAUUGGAUUGGCCUCCGGAGAGACCCAGGUCAGCCCUGGAAAUGGACAGAUGGGGAAAAUUGCACGAUAGAGGUCAUGGGAGGGGAUGGUGGAAACUGUGCUUAUUUGGAUGAUGAAUUCAAACCCAGCACAUCAAUAUGCUCCCAGAGUCACCGUUCGAUCUGCUGCAAAGCUGCAAUGCACUGAACAAUGGAAAAAGAAGAAUGAAGGACCUAAAUGAUUAAACAUCCGUAUAUGGACACUCUCAGCCCCAUGUUUUCUGAGUCUCUUUUCAAUUUGUGGCCCAGUGAAAAAGAGGGACAAAAUCUCAAGAUGAAACAAGAAAUAAGGAGAUUACUCUUGUAGACACCCAGUGAGUUUUGCCCUCUGCAAAAUUAAAGUGGAAAGGGCGGGGAGUAUUAAAUAUCUGAGAGCUUUAAAUACAAAUAACAUUUUUUUGUUUCAAAAUAACUAUGAAAAUGUUUGGAAAGAAAUUAAAAGGGACUUUAAAAAAUGGAGAAAAUAAAAUUUAUCCUCGAUGUGGAGAAUGACAGUAAUAAAAGAAAAUAUUUUGCUAAUGCUUUUAUUUAUUUUAUUUUCAAAUAAUUAUAAAUAAUAAAAUAAAAAUAAUAAAACUUUAUUUAUACCCCAUCUCUCCAUCAGGAUUGAGUCAUCUUACAAUAAAAUCCAAACAAUAUAACAGUAAACCCACUUAUUCCCUUCCCCUAAAACAUUUAUUAAGUAGCAAUCUAUGUUAUGGGAUAGAAUUUGGGAACAAAGACAUUUGAAAAAUUUAUCGGUACAGAUUAAAGAAAAUUAUUAUAAAUUGAUUUGGAAAUAGUAUUUGACUCCAGUGAGACUAC